UACCGCUUUGGUGCAGGUUUACAGGGUAUUGUAACUUCCAAGUUGGAGAUGUUCUAGUGGUGUACGCACCAAACAUGGUUGACUAUGUAUGCGGUGCCAGUAUGUGGUACUUUGAUAACAGGUGGAAUUGUCAGCCCAUCGAAUCCAUCGUAUACAGUAGAGGAGUUGGUGUACCAAAUUCGAAAAACAAGUGUCAAGGUUCUUCAUAUCACAUGCGUCUAAUAUUGAUAAGGCACUCCUUGCAGCACAAAGUGCAGGGUUGGAGAAGUCAUCUAUUUUUGUUUUUCGAGACGAAAUGGUUGAAGGAAUUCAGCCUUUCUCAAGAGCUUUGAUUGGCGAGCAUAUAAUAAAACCAUUCGAGUUCAAAUCUGUAAAGGAAGUACUAGAUACUGUUGCG